UUUGCUCCUACUUUUCGUAGAAAUGAGGAAGGAUUGUUCUAUGCGUUGGAUCUUGGAGGAACAAACUUUCGUUGUUUGCGUGUCCAAUUGGGUGGAAAGGAAAGACGAGUUGUUAAAAGAGAAGCAGUGGAGAUCUCCAUUCCACCUCAUUUAAUGGUUGGAGGGUCUGAUGAACUAUUUGAUUUCAUUGCAGAAGAAUUAGCUAAGUUUGUGGCUACUGAGGGUGAAGAUUUUCACCUUUCUGAGGGAAGGCAGAGAGAGUUUGGAUUUACAUUCUCUUUUCCAGUGAGACAAACUUCCAUUGCUUCAGGAACCCUAAUUAAAUGGACGAAGGGCUUCAAUAUUGAUGAAAUGCUUGGGCAAGACGUUGUGGCUGAAUUGACUAAAGCGAUGGAAAGAAAAGGUCUUGAUAUGAGAGUAGCGGCAUUAGUUAAUGAUACAAUCGGAACUUUGGCUGGAGGCAGGUAUCAUGAUGAUGAUGUCAUUGCCGCUGUAAUAUUGGGAACUGGAAGCAAUGCGGCAUAUGUAGAGAGUGUACUAGCAAUUCCCAAAUGGCAAGGACUCCUACCAAAAUCCGGAGAGAUGGUUAUUAACAUGGAAUGGGGAAACUUCUUCUCAUCUCAUCUUCCUUUGACGGAGCAUGAUCAUGCGUUAGAUGCUGAAAGCUUAAAUCCUGGUGAACAGAUAUUUGAGAAGUUAUUCUCAGGAAUGUAUUUGGGUGAAAUUGUACGCAGAGCCCUAUUGCAAAUGGCUGAAGAGGCUGCCUUUUUUGGUGAUGCCGUCCCCCUUAAACUCAGAGUUCCUUAUGUAUUAAGGACACCUGUAGUAUCUGCCAUGCAUCAUGAUAUGUCCUCUAAUCUCAACAUCGUUGGUAAGAAACUGGAGGAAAUCCUAGGGAUCACCAGUUCUAUCGAUACAAGAAAACUUGUCGUUGAGGUGUGUGAUAUUAUUACAAAGCGUGGUGCUCGUCUUGCUGCUGCUGGCAUAUUUGCUAUAUUAAAGAAGUUAGAAAGGCACAAGGCAAGUGUGGACAAGCCAAGAACAGUGAUUGCUAUAGAUGGGGCUCUUUUUGAGCACUACACCAUAUUCAACAAAGUCUUGCAGAGUACUCUCGGAGAACUUCUCGGAGAAGAAGCCUCGGAUUCUAUUAUUGUCAAGCUUGCCCAUGAUGGGUCAGGCAUUGGUGCAGCUCUCUUGGCUGCCACUAACUCUCACCACAUUGGACUUUAGGGGUCCUAAGGUUUCUGAGACAAUCCGGGUGUAUAUUAUGAUCUUCUAAUUUCACCCUUUCAUUUUCUUUUCUUCCCUCGGAGAAAAAAAGCUUGUACAGCAAGGAAGUAUAUAAUUUUGCAUUUAGCCACUCUUUACAGCUCUUUUUGUUUAGCAAUCUUUGCUAUAGAUUGCCAUUGCCUCAUUUACACUGUUCCUCUCUUUCAGAGUUGUGUGAUAACUGUUGCAUCUCUAAUUAAAAAAGUGGGGGUGUACUAAGCUUUUAUAUA